AUGUUCACCUCGCAUGGUAAUCACGAAAGCCAAAGAAACGAAGGCAAAGACAGUUUUCUCGAUGGAGCAUCUCCAUCCCCCGGUGUUGUCGAAUCCCCACAGAAUCCGCCAUUGCCAGCUUAUCACCUGGAGAUCGUCUCUUAUCAAAACAGCUAUGGCGAACCAACCCCUGCCUUGGCUCUGGCUAAGAAGCUGCUUCGGCAAUUAAAUACGGUCCUUCGUUGCGAACCCCUCAUUGCCGAGUACAUUGAGGAAGUUGACCACGCAGUACGCCAAAUACAGAGCCUAAACAUAACCUUCUCGCAACUGACUAGAGAGCUUGAUGACCAUCCGGAAGAUCAAUCUCCAGCGGAGAAACUGGCAAAUCUACAAGAGGCUCGUGAUAUUCUUGAACAGUGUUGGCAGCUGAAAAAUGAGACCGAUUUGAAGCUGGCGGAGACAAUAGAAGAAUUGGAGCUUCCGAGGGAACUUAUUUGGAGAGAUUUAAAGCAAGUCCUCAAAGCAUAUAAUUUGCUUGAGGAUUCGGAUCUUAAGCAUUCUCCAAGGAACAGAAACUCUCAGCCGCAAGAAAACUUUCAGCCUCCAAGUCCACGAAGAAAUUUCGAUCUCGGCCUUUUCGUCGAUCGCCAAGCAGCAACACGGAACGUGAUUCAAGCCGAAAAAGAGUUUGAUGAGGCGACAGAGAUUGCGAAGAAGCUUGGAGGGAUCUUGAACGAGAUGGAGCAGGAGUCAGGCUUUAUCUCCCGCUCGGAUGACGGCUAA